ACAGACGAGGGGAGAGUUCUGUUCUUUCACUGCUCCAUCCGGGAAUUUUCGAAUUAGCAUUGACAGCCGAAGCGCAACUUUUCCCCAGGCAAAGUGAAAUCAAGCCGCUCACUCGGACAAAAUAUAGUCCCCACUAUUCAACUAAAAAUGAUCAAAAGAAAAAUAAAUCGACCGUUUGGAGAGGAUGCGUCGACGCGGCGUUAUUUUUAGAGUGGAUCUGUCCAGGUGCUGAAACCUUUCCCCGGUGUUUAGAGCACUUUGCUCAGCGGCGUAAAGUGAGUGAUGAGCCCUCUACACAGCAAAGAAGCAAGAACUUGCUUUGCAGCCUGAGUAGUUCUUCUUUCGAUUGUUAUUGUCGCUUUAAAAAAAAACAUUUUAAUUCACUUAAACUUCACAUUGAUUACAUCGAAAGUGGUACAAAAGUGUUUUUGAAGUCGGAACAUGGAACUACAAUGCCUGCAAGAGGCGUUGAAAGUCGAGAUCCAAUGUCAUCAGAAACUAGUUGCACAGAUGAAGCAAGACCCGCAGGAUGGAGAGCUUAAGAAACAACUACACGAAAGACACGACAGAAUAACAGCCCUAAGCGAAAAACAAAAGAAGCUGACUGUUAGAAGUUGUCCCGUAGGAGGGGCCACCAAGCCCCUCUCCCUCAUCAAGCCCCCUCCUCCUCCCUCCUCACAAAGCAUCUCCAUCUCCGUUCUACCGGCCAACCCGGUCGCCAAGACAGCUCCCGUUGCCAUGGUGACAGCGCACAUGACCGGUGGACAAAAGGUGGUGUCGGGAAGCGCAGCUCCAGGGAGCUCCUCCUCUCCUCCUCCUCUACAGACAUCCUCCAUCAACCUCCAGACCAAUAGAGGGUCGGGAGGGGCGGUGCUACAGCCUUACAGUAGGAGAGAGAUGCUGGGAAACCUAACAGUAGUGCCCAUCAAGGUUCCUCAGGUCAGCUCUCUACACCGGCUGUCUGGACAGACCUCCACUGUUCUACCUCAGGUUCAGCCAAAGAGUGUGAUCCCAGCCAGCCUCCUCCCCAGCCACAGCCCUGUGUCUCUCCCUAGGGAGCAGCCAGCCAGCCUCCUCCUCAGCCACAGCCCUGUGUCUCUCCCUCAGGAGCAGCCAGCCAGCCAGAAACAGUCAUCCUGUCAGGCCCUCAGUCUCCUCAACCUCCAGAGAGCUACCGCUGUAGUCAGCCCUAAGAGCCACGCCCACAGUUUUAACCACACCCACAGCUCUAGCCACACCCUCACACAGAGCCACACCCUCGGCCCGGCCCUGCCUACAGCCAACAGCACGUUCAGUCCAGAACGUCUCUCCAUAGGCCAGGGAGACACAGCCACCUUCACAACCUCCUCACCCCCACCCCUGGCCCAGGCCCUGGUCUCUCCCCUGGCCCAGACCCUGGCCUCUCCCCUGGCCCAGACCCUGGUCUCCCCCCUGGCCCAGACCCUGGUCUCUCCCCUGGCCCAGACCCUGGCCUCUCCCCUGGCCCAGACCCUGGUCUCCCCCCUGGCCCAGACCCUGGUCUCUCCCCUGGCCCAGACCCUGGUCUCUCCCCUGGCCCAGACCCUGGUCUCUCCCCUGGCCCAGACCCUGGUCUCUCCCCUGGCCCAGACCCAGUCUCUCUCCCCGGCCCAGACCCAGUCUCUCUCCCCGACCCAGACCCACUCUCUCUCCCCGGCCCAGACCCAGUCUCUCUCCCCGGCCCAGACCCAGUCUCUCUCCCCGGCCCAGACCCAGUCUCUCUCCCCGGCCCUAGCCUGGCCGGGAGGCAUCUCCCCCACCUCUACCAGCAGCAUCAGCCCAACAGCCAUCUCAGCCUCAGUUGCCCCCGGUGUGACCUUCUCCAUCAUCUCUGCCUCGCCGCCUGCCGACACCGGGAACAACAGGGUGUGGACCAUCAGUGAGGCAGUCAAGGUCCAGCCGCUGGUCUUCAACACUGACAAUAAGUUGAAAAUAAUCCAGCCGGAGGCAGAGACCCCCAGCUCCUCCCAGGACUCCCCAGGAGGACCCCAGGGGGCCGACAGCCCCUCACAGGAGAUCCCCUCCAUCACCUCGACCACCAACCCCUCCACCUCUCCCUCCUCUACACCAGCCAAGAAGAAGAAGAAGGAUGAGGACCCAGAGAAAAUGUCCUUCAUGGUGGCUCUUGGCCUGGUCACUACAGAGACACUGGAAGAGAUCCAGACCAAGAGACAGGAGAGGAAGAGGCGGAGCACAGCCAACCCAGCCUACAGCGGCCUGGUCCAACCAGAGCGUAAACGCCUUGCAUCAAAUUACCUGAACGACCCACUCUUCCUGUCAGUGAGAGCCACUGGGGACUACAGAUGGAAGGAAGAGCUGGAGCACGACGACCACUGCUCCGUGUGUAAGGGGGACGGAGAGCUGCAGCUGUGCCACAACUGCCCCAGAGCCUACCACCCUGACUGCCUGCACCCACCUCUCAAAACACCGCCCCGGGGGGUCUGGGUUUGCACCAAGUGUCAGAAGAAGGUUCUGAACAAAGAGAACAUGUCGUGGCCACAGAACUUUGUCCAGUCCUAUGUGACACACAAGACGGUGAGAGAGGGGGAGAAGAGGAGUCUGCUCAGAAGGAAUGUAGAGCUGAAGAAGGAGUGUGCUCACCUGGAAGAACAGGACCAGCAACUCAGCACGUCACUCACGCAGAAGGUGAUGGACGUGCGGGAGCGUCUGAUUGGUCAACAGAGGGACACCCAGUCCUCCCUGGAGCGUCUCAAGGCUCUGAUUCGUCUGAUCCAAAGAGACCAGAUGAUCCAGGUUACCAUGACAGCCACCGCCACCACCACCGGAGUGUCCCUGCUCUCCCUGCCCUGGAUCAAACCCUCCGGCGCCGCCACACACACAGUGCCCCCUGCUGGACCGUCUGUGCUACUGCAGCAGAAGACUCUGGUCAUGCCACAGUCUCAGACACAGAGCCAGGCUCAGGGCAAUGUCUGAGCUCUAGUAGUACCACCCCAGCCCACCAGGGGGCCACAGUUCACAGUCCAAGGCUGGCCCACAAAUGGCACUCUAUUCCCUAUAUAGUGUAGAACUUUUAGUAAACGGACCCAUAGGAGAAGUUUCAAAGACAUGUCCAUUUGACAUCAGAGCCCUGGUCUGAAGUAGUACACUAUAUAGGGAAUAGGGCUCUGGUCUAAAGUAGUGUACUAUAUAGGGAAUAGGGCUCUGGUCUAAAGUAGUACACUAUAUAGGGAAUAGGGCUCUGGUCUAAAGUA